AUGCCAAACGAAAAGUCAGUCGCAAUUAUUUCUGUUGGAAAGGAACUGUCUCUCAAGAAAACGAUAAAACUGGAGGUGGAAUGUUAUGGAAUAACCUUUUAUGAAAACGAGUUCUUCGUAACAAGUGGCUGGAGUACUGAAAAGGAGAUACAAGUCAUAGAUUCAGAGGGUGUCGUGAAACGAAAAUUGCGUCCUGAAGCAGGUGUUUUGAAAUGUCCCCUUUAUGUCACAGUCGAGCCAAAGUUUGGUCGUGUGUACGUAUCGGACUAUGAAAAUGGGGUCGUUGGGCUGGACAUGGGUGGGGAACCGAUAUUCAGAUACAAUGAUACAACAACUAAGGGUUACAUGGGAAUAUGUUCUACACCGUCCGGUGACGUUUUUAUCUGUACAUUUCAACCGAACGGCAUUUCAAAGGUCAUGAAGGAAAAUAAACUAGUCGGGUCGCUUCCACCGGACGAAAGUGAGCUAGAACCAGUCAUUACUCUUCCAAAUAAAGGUGGACAAAGGCCAAGGUCGAUUGCCUACAGUAGAAAAACCAACAGAAUUUUGAUUUCAUUUGUGGGCCAAAGUGUCGACGUAAUGAGUAUAUACCAUAUGUAGUGCUGUUAUAAAUAGCCAGUAGUUGACGUAAUUGGUAUACAGCGAAUGUAGUGUUGUUAUAAACAGCCAGUAGUUGACGUAAUUGGUAUAUACCGUAUGUAGUGCUGUUAUAAAUAGCCAGAGUGUCGACGUAAUGGGUAUAUGCCAUACGUAGUGGUGUCAUACAUUAAAUGUAAUAAUUUUAUUUUCAAUGGCGUCGAUAAUUGACAUAAUUAAUUACAUGUUUGGCCUCGUUGACAGAUGCCAUUUGUACAAGUAUUUCUGUUUACAAGAAUACAUUUGCCAUGGAUAUAAAUAUCAUCCGUAUUUAUUGAUAUAUACACGUGUAUUUAAUCAUUGUAUAAUCACGUAUAGUGCCAACCGUCAAAUACUUUAACGUUAAAAUGUGUGAGGUAGAAAUUAACCACUCUGGAUUAUAAAAUGACUCCAUAUAUAAAUCACAAGUCUAAAAAUUUGUGUUGUGUGACUGGUUUAUGUUCAACACACAUUACUAGGCUAAUAAGGCAAAACUUGAAAAAUGAAACUGAAAACAUAAUUCUGAUGCCAUUUAAUGAAACAAAUAGUGAAUGAUUUGCCUCGGGCAAUAGUUCUGACUGUUGACCGGCACCCACUUUAGUAAGUGUACUAGUCUAUUAUAUAAUGCUUACACAUCCUUUCCGCCCACACAGUCAUUGUGCAAUAUUUUGUGCUCUUAGUUUCCAGGGCAACGAUCUUCUAGAGAAAGCAGAUACAAUCCAGACCUAAAGAUUAAACAAGCUAAUUUGACAUAGCUGUAAAUAAGCCAAAUUGUUUUCAUUACUCGUUGAUUGAAUAUUUCCAGUAACGUAACCCUUAACCAACGAACACAAAGCCUAUUCAAUACCAAUCUAGCGGCUCAUCAUCGUCCUGUGAAAUGAAUUAGUUUUUGCAAAUUUGUUAUAUUGGUCAACAUGUCUAAAGUGCUAUGUCCAAUGAAUAAGCAAUUUGUUCCAACCUUACAUAAACAAAUUGUCUGCUUGACCUCAUAUGAGGGGUAUCCAGAAUGUUCGGUAACUUGCAGACUUAUUAGGAUCCGGUGACUAAAUUUGAUAAGUUCUAGGAUUUUGCUCAUGGUGGAAUAAUAUCUAAACAAGGAAGAUUGCUGAACAACCAUUUGCAAGAUAAUAUCGCGAAAUUUAUUUUUAAUACGAAUUAAUAAUUUAGUUAAACAUUUUAUGUGAACACAUUUGUAAAGUAAUGCCAAAUUUUGGUUUCAAGACUUAAACUACUGUUUAUCCAUCUGUCCGUAAUUUGAUUUCUCUUUGAAUAUCUCUGUACGUUAUGCAACUCCGUGAUAAUAAAACUUUUAAUUAAAAGAUAUAUUUAAACUCCAAACGGUUUCUACAUCCAUCUGGAUAUCUUCAGGGUCAAUGCGAUAGACGGAACCUGUUGUUGAUUUGGUGGAGAAAACAGUGGGGCCGGUAUUAGGUUGCAUGAUAAUAAUUUAUUUCCUCCUCAUUUACAUCUUAAAGAUUACAUUUACAAACAUCAAUUUCUGUACUUUAGAGCAUUCGAAUUACAAAAAAAAAAAAGAAAAGCAUAUAGCCAGAUAGUAUAGCAUAAACACUUACUAAAUAUCUUGAAAUAUUGAGAUGUUACACUUAUUUAGCCAAGAGUAUAUCACGGACGAAAAUUCGUUAACUUUAACAGUUGAGAACGACUCAGAUUUCCUUUAAUUUCUUAUGAAUCGAUAUUCGUUUUACAUUUUCAUUGAACAAAAAAUUGGUAUAUAAAAAUAUUUGAAGGCUGUC